GGACGUUCCGGGAAGUCUUGUAAGUUGCACACGCCCUGGGAUUUUUUUUUCGGGGGGGGCGGGGGAAGUAAAAACGGACGACGAUGGUCGGGUUACAGCUUCUUCUGAUCAAUCGGUGAAGUGCCAUUGGGGGGAUUAUUUUUUUUCUUUCUUCUCGGGGUACUGUGCUGUUCGGACAUGUGUGGAUGGUGCAUGGAGGCCGAGGGAUGGGAUGGGAUCAUGUAUACGGAGUAGAUGGUUGUGGGAUGAACUGUACAGUAAGUACGGUAGGUGGUCGGUAUCACCGGAGCAAUAGUCUAGAGCCAAGCAGAAUUUCUUUUGUUGUUCUUUUUCUCGGCUCAUGUCUGGAUCGACCAUCUGGUCCUAUCAAACCACUUGACACUUGGCAUGUUGCAAGAUUGUGUAUCCUCGGCAUUAGCGCGGACGGAAAGGGGAUGCCCGUUCGUUGUUUGUUCGGCGAUGUGAUGGUUCUUGUUCUUGGUGGUGGGGUGGGGGGGGGUGUCUGUCUGUCACCUUGGGAGUUCGAAGCGGGAGGAGAAAGUCUGGAGGGGCCCAGGGAGGAGGAGGGAGGGAGAGGCUGGGCCGAGCGGGCAUGCGCGGGACGAUCUGCGCUGCCCUGCGCUGCGCUGCCCUCUUCGCCUAUUCACGGGGGUCGAUGGGGAUGAUCUCACUGCGCCGCCCUCCUGUUCACAUAACCUCAUAACCAGAGGGAAACUAUUAACCCGAGCACCCGAGGUUCGCCAUUGCUAUGGAGGGUCGUCCUA